AUGCACACAGGUCCAAUCACUCUCUCUAUCACUUUUAACAUCAUUUCCCGUUCUGCCAUUAGGAACCCUCUAACAAAGGCCAUUAAAGCAACAUCCUACACAAAAGAACAGAAUCACCUUACCAUGAAACUUGAAUUCUCUUCCUCUCCAUAUUCAAUUUCCAUCACUGAGCUAACUAGUUUUCUUGCCAGUAAAUUUGAUUGUAAAAAGCAAUACGUUGUUGCUAAAGUUUCAUGUGGAGUGCAACAAAUAUUUGGAGCUGCUGAUGACUAUGACAAUACUGUUUUCACAAAUUUACGUUCCUAUGCAAAUACCUAUCAAGCAGAACUUGACAAGAUUUCAAUUGCUGGUAUGAAAAUCAAAUAUUUAAAUAGUGAAAUCAAUGCUGCUGUUUGGGUAUGUGAUUUUUUGGAAAAUACUAUUGGAUUACAAGUAACAAGCAUGAAAUUCGUGAAUCAAUUGUCCAAAGGAAAGAAUUUUGAAAGGGAAGAGUUUAUCCCAAUUUUCUCAACAGAAUUUACGUUUCAAUUCUUGGCUAUUUGGAUUGGAAAUUUGGACUUGGUAAAGUGGUGUCUGGAAUAUCGUUCUGAUAAUGGAAACAAUAGAAUAGAUACUCUAUUGAGAACAGGAAUUCUUGAAGGAGAGCCAUCCAGCUAUAACAUAGUAUCUUCAUACGGGGCUUGCUACAAGAGAGAUGGGGCUGGACUAAACAUUUUACAUUACGCAAUUAGAGGAAAGAAUGUGGAGAUUGUGAAAUUAUUGAUCGAAAAGUACAAAGCCAAUCCAUUUCAAUCUCAAUUAAUCUCUCCCGCACUUCUUGCAUACAGAAUGUACACUGCAGCACCCAAAGACGAGCCUUCCAACAAGAUUUACAAUCUAUUGAAAGAAACCUACAAAGAACAUCUGGAAAACCAUGUCGAAUCGAAUAAGAAUAUAUUCGAUGAGGCGAACAUGAAAAUUUUUGAUUUGGAUGAAACAGAGGAAGACGAUUUAGAAAAGUUACAAAUUGAUAAGGGUCCAAAUGGAAUCCCUCUCAACAAGAAUGUGUUGUUAGAAAGAGAUUACUAUAUUGAUGAAGGGCUUUCAGAUUCUGAUGAAGAGUUAGAAGUUAGUGAUGAAGAUGAAGAGGAGGAAUUUAUUGAUAUCAAAACAAUAAGAUCUAAAAUUCAUAAUGUUGACAGUGAAGAUCCUUGGGUACAGUGUGUAGAAACUGAAAAAGAAUUAUCCAAAAACAUUACUGAUCUAUUGAAGGAUACAGAAAUAGUACAAGCUAGACAUGAUUUCAUAGAUGUUUAUCCUUCAGUUCGUAUUGGAAAACGUAUAGGACUAGAAGAAAACAACAAGAAGAGAGCAUUCGAGGCUGGAGAAGGUAAUGAAUAUGAACCUAAAUUCAAGAAAAGAAAGGAAAUGAUAAUUCCCAAAGCAUUUUUUAAUGGAUUGACGAAAGUCAUUUUAGGAAGUUAUAGAUUUGAUACCAUUAUUAGUCCAUCAUCACAGGCAAUUAUGCAACAGGAAAUAGAAAGACUUUGCAUUGAAUUAUUCAAUUUAACAUCUGAAAUUUGCAAAUUUUUCAUGACGGACUUGUGUUUGAAGAAUUUUAUAUUGGUAGCUUUCAAUGCAUAUAAUGGAUGUUUUAAGGAAAGUUCAAUUGAUGAAGAAGCUCUAAAGAAUCAUUUAUCUUCCCUUUCAAUGAAGGAGAUUAGCUCUGAAAACAUUACUAGUAUAGUUACUGAAAUUAAUGAACAAAAUCUCAUGUUGUCAAUUAAUUACGACACUGAUGAAGAUGAUCCUGACUUUGAAAUUGAGUUUGAUGAUCCAAAUGAUAGAGUAUUGUUUGGAAUUCAAUCGGAGAGCAAUAUAAAUCAGACCAAAGAAGAAAGUCCAAAGGACGAUGGGUAUGAAUCAGAUUGGUCUGAUGAAAGUGAAAUUGGUAUCGAAAUUAGCGAAAAUAACGAUUUUAUAUUCUAUCCCUCAUCUAUUGACCAGAUAGAAAGUGAAAGGCCUCUCUCAGAAACUAUUCUUGGUGAUGAAUAUGCUAUCAAGUAUGAAUCUAUUCAGAAAGAUGGAAAGUAUGGUUUUAAUAUUUAUUCUAAAGAUACACAUUUAGAAAAAAACGCAACCGCAGCAUUUCAAAACCUUUUUGAUUUUAAAAAAAAUAAAAAGUUUUUACAAGAUCUUCCUAACACCCUCGUAAAAUUCAAGCCAACAAUUAUCAAUAUGAGCAACAAUCAACAACAAAAAACUGAAGAAAUUAAAGUCAUUCCUCUUGAAGUUGUUCCUUAUCUUGACAAAGAAGUUAGGGAAUGUAGAAAAUUUUGGUCCGAAUCUACCAAAAUUGUAGGAAGUGAACAAUAUCGUCCUAGUUAUGAUUACUAUAAAAAUCAUAGUUCCUAUAAUCCUUUUAAACAAGAAUAUCAAGGAUUUCCAUCAUAUUACCAUUUGAUGGUCUUUUUCGAUAAUGUUGAAGACAAAUUGGGAUGUUCUGACUAUUAUACCUUUUCAACCAAGACCAUAAAGAAUCCUAGUGAUUUGAAAUUGAAAGAAAAGUUUUUGAAAAUGAGCCCUACAGAUUUGUUUGAUUUUAUGGACAAAGCCAAACAAGAGAAACUUAGUCGUUUAGAAAAGGAAAUUUCUGACAUUUAUUUCAAGCACAUUCCUGGAAUGAUUGUUCAAGGUAGAUAUAUGCCUCAAAAUGCUGCCUUCAUGUUAUUCAAAUGGUUGACUUGGAUUGAAAAGAAAAUGGAAGAAUGUCAAGAUGAAGAAUAUUCUGCACUCAUUAUUGCUAGAGGUCAACUUAUUCAAAAGAUCAAGUCAUUACUAUGCUGGAAAGCUAUGAAUGGAAGUGGAAUGGAAUCACUCAAUAAUUUCAUUGAAUCAGGUGUUACCGAAACACCUCAAACACAAGCCUCUUACAUGAAAGAAUCAUUCAAACCAACAAUUCCAUUACCAGCAAUCAAAUUUGAUGUGAUUAACAAAAUUUUGGCUGAAGCUGAACAACCACCUCUUGAUCCAACUCAAGAUAUGAAAACAAUUACAGAAUAUUACAUCUUGUUGGAGAGAUUGGAAAAAUUAUGUGGAAUUGGACAAGAAUCAUUUGUCAAGUUCAAGAAUCGUAACAGAAAGGGUGGUUAUCCAGAAAGAAAGAAUACCUUAACUGCUGUUUACAAGACUCUUACCCAUAAGGAGAGAAAAGAACAAUUACACAAGAGUUUGUGGCACUUUAAGAAAUAUAACAAGGCCGUAGAACAAGCAGGAAAAUUGAGAGGAAGAUUACAAAAUGUAUUCAAUCCAUUUGUUGCUUCAAUUUCAACCAAGAUUGAUAAGAGCGGUCUUGCUACUAGAUUCUUUACUCCAGAAUACUACCUCUUCAAUGAUAUCAAGGAAACUUUGACAACUGACUCUAAAUUUGACAUUCCUUCAAUUGUAUUCACUUCUUUAGCUGUUAGUGAAUUCAGUGUUAGAAAGGCAUUUACCAUUGACAGUCAACAACAAGGAGGUCUUGAUGAUGCUCUUCAAUUUUUGAUGAAUUUAUUGAAAGGAAGAGAAUUGCAAACCAAGUGGGAAUUAAUUGCAUCAUUAUAUCCUGUUGAAGAUGUAAUUUCUAGAAUUAAUGAUGAACUCAAAACAUCUGUCUUGGCUCAAUUAUUGACUUUACAAAUUCAAAUGGCAAAAUUUUUGAGUUCUCAAUGGGACGCUGGAGUUGAUACAUGUUGUCAAAAAGAUAUGAUGGUUCCUAGAAGAGGAACAACAACUGUCAAUACCUCUGGAUGGAACUCAACUGCAGGUGCAUGGAAUAACUCAAUCAGAUUUAUUAGAGCUAUUUGUAAAUCAUUAGGUCAAGAACCACCACUUAUUAUCAAGUGCAUGAAGUUGACUGCUGCUGAUCAAAUGCAAUGGGCACAAAUAGCUGGAAAGGAUGAACCAGAGGAUGUUCCAGUUUUCAAAAAGCUCACCCUUGAAAAGAAAAUCACACCUUGGGGUAUUGUUUUACAAACUGUUAAUGCCACAAAGGAGGACAUUAUCAAGGCAUGUGAAGAAUGUGGUGUUGAACCAAAGAGAUGGCUUGGAUAUGCUCAAGAAAGAACAAUGGAAACAAAGAUUCACUGUGAUAUGAUUUGUGGUUGUGCUGUUCCAAACGAUCUCGUUUAUCAAAAUUUGUUGAAGAUUAUGGGUGCCUUUGGUUAUAAACCUCCAAAACAACAACAAUAAAAUUAUGUACUCAUUAUUU